UUCUUAGCAUCAUCUGUGUACAUGUGUACAUGUAUGUGAAUAGAUAACGGUUGCGAACAUUACUCAACACUGGAUCAUGUCAGCCACGAUGUUCAUGGCUUGGCGAGUCAUAUGCCUGGCAGCGUGUCUUCUCCAGACUGCCGUACUUAUGGAGAUCCAGACGAGUAGAGCCUGUUAUGGUGCUGUUGGCCUUCCCUGCACUAAGCACAGCAUCAGAUGCAACCCCACCCAGAAGAUCGCCAUCGUUGACGCCUACUUCACCUUCAACAGAGAAUGUGGUACAGGUAUCAAUAACUGCCAAGCUGUAAACCCUGACAAUGUGACAGUAAGUAGACGCAGUCUCACCUUCGACAAAACCGAGCUCAUCUCCCUCUACAACAACUGUUCUACAGAGAACCAAUGUGGGUAUCAGGCUCCCCGGAGUGAUGCAGCCGAUACAUUCUCCCUUGUCAAAUAUCUGUGCAUUGAAGGAGAUUCAAUUACACCCAUCGAUGAAGCCUCACAACGGAAUGCAUCUGAAACCACUAUCAUCUACAAGCAUACAGAUGACAUACCCAGUUCCAAGCAUACUUGUACAAUUCAGUCACAGAUGCCUGUAAAUAUCACCGCUCUUGAUAUACGUCUUGGAGAUGGGAAUGAACCCGAAAGGUGUUCCCGUUUGACCAUUACUAUGACACCGUAUUCCUGCUCAGACGAGAUUUGGCCCUAUAAACAGCUCCAAACAAUUCAAUCACCUGGACAGUCACACAUUACACUUGCAGUUACGGAAGGAACACGACCAGUUGUUUGGCUUGGAAUCGCUUCCACAAGAAACUUCGUUAUCAAUUGCAGUACUACAGUUUUGAUUCGACCAACUGUGACAGCUCAGAUUCUGGCAUCCAGUAGUGUGACAGUGGGGGAGUAGAACAGACAGUACAUCAACAACAGGAGAGGUCACAACUUUUCCAAAUAAGGAUCGACUUCCCGUAUCCUCCCCUUCACGAUUCCCAGCUGGUGUGUUUAUGGGAGGGGUGGCUGCCGGAGCUGUUAUUGUCAUCCUGGUCGGUCUUGCAGUGUACGUCCUCGUUAUCAGACGUCGGUACGAUCUGACUGCGAAGAAACAAGGAGACACUCCAGCUUCUGUUGAACACCCCACUUACUCCGGCCUGUUAGCUGAGGCUGAUGCCAACAAUUAUGCCAUUAUCGAACAGACCUCAAGAUCUCAAGAGGAUACUACACAUGGGCCAACGGCUACUCCAGAUUACCAAAACAUCUGAUUUACCUACAUUAUCCAUUUCAUCAGUCACGAAUUUGUAAAAGUAACACAGCCAGGGUAAUUAUACUUUGUAAUUAUCUUACAGUUAUCCUGAAGCUGAUACAAUGUGUGUGUUCAGAUACGAAACUGGUGAGUGGUGUGGAUUGAGACACGUUAAAACUGACUGUUUUUAUACAAGUGACUAUCCAGAAGGUGUUGGCUUUUACAGUAAGUAGACUGUACUACCUACUGUCCAUCGAACUUAAAUAUUCUUAGUAGUUAUACUUCUUAAUUUUCGAUACUUGUGUGUCCUUAUAUAGUGAUGUUAUAUCUGCAGGGCAGCUCAUUGUUUUCAUUUUGAUUGUAUAGACCUACCCAUAGCAAAUGGAUAAGAAGGAGAGAUACAUGCAUACGUCUGGUAUAUACAGCGUGAACAAUAGCCAGGUUGAUAUUGUCGCUUUGAUGAAAACUGUUCCUGCCAUGUGUACUGUAAACUCAAAUGUUAUAUCUACAAUAUAUGUGUCGAUGUGACACCUGUCUUC